UGCUGUAUUGCCGUAUUUGAAACCUAUAGUAAAUAAACAAUGUUUUCUUGAAAGUAAAUUAAAAUAAACAUGUAAUUUACAUAUAACAUUUUUAAGAGUUUCGUGAAGCAUUAAUGAAGGAAUUACAAUUACCGUACCAAAACAUGGGUAAACGCUAUCACUGUGAAUAUUGUGACAAGACCAUGGUUGCUACGCCGGCAAUCGUGAAAACGCACAAUAAAGGGCUGUUACAUCAAAAACUAGUUCAAGAACAUUAUCAACAAUAUAAAGAACCGAAGACUAUCCUGGAAGAAGAAAGUAUGAAGAAACCAUGCAGUCGGUUUCUGAGGGGAGAAUGUCAGUUUGGUAGCAUUUGUCGCUUCUCACACUACUUCCCGGAACAGUUACAGAUGCUGAAGGAAAUUGUUGCAUCAAAGAAACAUAAACAAACAAAUCCUCUCCAACCAUCACUUGAAGAUCUGUACAAAAAGCUGCAAACUGAAAAAUCAUCAAAACGCAGUGAGUCAGACAGCAACACUAUAAUUUAUGAUAAGAAUGGACUGACCCACAUUUUCCCCUGGACUUACAAUGAAACGUUUGAAAGUUAUGGCACUUUGCCCCCGAGUGUAAGAAGAGUGAAUUUGGGAGAGUUUUACAAUUCUGAAGUUAAUGAGUGGGGAUAACGAAUGGACAUUUUGUUAUCCCCACUCAAGACAGUUAUGUUAUGUGAAUACUUUAGCAUUGGCCAUUCCACAACAUUUUAUCACCACAAUCAAGAGGAUGAUUGUUUUUAGUCGUUUGUAGUUCAGCAUGUGCAUAGGGGGCACUUCGGAACAGGUCACGCGUAUAUGAGUGAUAUCAGUCCAUACGUAGCGUGCUUGUGCACCGCUGUGGAUGUUUCAACACCUACAUUUUGAAUACAAUGCGUUUUUGUACCCACGCGCAUAGCUGGACCGUGCGCAGCAGUGGGUUUGCGGCUAGAAGGCGAUGCCAGUGUGGUUAGGUAAAAUUAUGUAGUUCCAAUUAAAGUAAAAAUAUACUUUUAUGACAGUCAUGCCACAUCUAAUAAGACUUAUUACAGAAAACGUCUUCUUGAAUACAUUCUCCUUUUCCAUGGUAUUGUUUGUUUCUUUGGUAGAUAAUACUCAGUUUGUACAUAGUUUAUAAAUCGAAACUCUUUUGGUACUUCAUAUCUUAUUGCAUUAUACUGAAAAAAAUGUUUUAUUUAGGUACCUAUUUGAAUUGGAGCAUUGCUCAUUCUAUGUGAGACAUGACACCGCUUACUCUACAACAAGAGUUAAAAAUGACGAAUGAAUGAAUGAGUUAAAAUGGUGAAUUGAUUUAUUAUAAUGUUAUAAAAUAUUUACCUUCAAAUUGAUGUCAUAUUAAUAAAGAAAAAGCGUCUUCGGCAUUCACAACCAACAUCUUUCAAAAUGUUUGAUAAAAUAAUUUGUUUCGUUUCAAAGUUACUUAUAUAUUUUUUGUAAGCUAAAAAUAUUGUUGUAGGUACUAACUUACCUAAAUAUGUAGUGUGUAAAAGAAAGUCAUACCUGUUGUAUGCUUAAUAAUAUAAAAAUCGCAAGAAAAAUAUAGUAUGCCUCCAUUGUUGCGUGAUAAAAUUUCUAUAUGUAUCGCAUAGCCAUAAAAUAUUUACGAUAUAACGUAGCUUAUUCAUCAUGCGCAAUUUACUUAUAUUACAAAUUCUGCUUGCCAUAUUUCUGAGAAAGAAAUGUGGAGAAAACUGUGAAUAAUUAAUCCGUAUUAUUAUAGAAUAAAAUUGAAUUAUUUUUAUUUGUAAACACAAACUAGACAAAUUAUAGUUGGUCAAACCAACUUGGCAGUAAAUAAGAACCAAAAAAUCUAUACUCAUCCUUUUUUUUGGGUAUAACUUUGGGUAAUAAAACUUCAAUAAAUUCAAGCAUUGUUUUUAUUUAACAAAUUAAUCUUGAUAUUGUACUUUUGUCUUAUCUUUUUGUUUGAACAUCUCACUCAUUCGUAUAAAAUAAUACCUAUACAAUGGCACAAAUGCACUUUGAGGGCAAUU